AUGUGCCCCAGGGCGCUGGAUGGGUUUUUCUCCUCCCUGCUGCCGGCCACCCCCCCAUGGCGCCCUGGCCCCGAGCUGGUGCUGGCACUGCUGGUCUGGCUGGCCCUGCUCUUCAUCUGGUACUGCUACCGGGUGGGCAGCGAGCGGCCGCCAGCAGGGCCUCCGGGGGGGCCACGGGGCGGGGGGCGCCCAGCCCCCAGCCUGUCCCCCGGGGCCGGGCGGCUGCACCGAAGCCUGCAGGCCUACGCCCAGCGGUACUCGUGGGCGGGCAUGGGGCGGAUGCGCAAGGCGCUGCGUGAGGAGCUGCGACCCGAGCGCCCGGCCAUCCAGAGCCCCCGCGUCUUCCACCUGCCCGAGCUGCCCUCGGCCCCCUGCUUCCCGCGGGACACCCAGCGGCACGAUGCCGAGCUGCUGGAGCGUGCCUGCGCUGCCAUCCUGCAGGAGUACCAGGGCGUGGCUGGGGGCGCCGCCCAGGGCUGGACACCUGGGCCCUGCCAGUGCUUCUACCUCUACCGCCGGGGCGUGUGCCAGCCGCAGCACUGCCGGGCCUGCCCCCGCACCUACCGCACCCUGGCCACUCUGCGCACCUUCGUCAGUGCCAAUCGCUUCGGCAAUGCCUGCUUCAGCGUCCUGCAGCCGGGCACCAUCCUGCCUGGGCGCUACGGGCCCACCAACAUCCGCCUGCGCUGCCACCUGGGGCUGAUGGUGCCCCCAGGCUGUGAGCUGGUGGUGGGGGGCGAGCCCCAGUGCUGGUCCGAGGGACACUGCCUCCUGCUGGACGACUCCUUCCUGCACAUGACUGCGCAUAAUGGUCCCCCCGAGGACGGACCCUUCGUGCUGUUCAUUGUGGAUCUGUGGCACCCCAACGUGGCCGGGGCCGAGCGCCAGGCUCUGGAUUACAUCUUUGCCCCUAGCCCCUAGGGCCUGGGCCGGGCCGUGGCGCUGGUGGUGGGUCAGUGCCCAGGACGGAUGGACAGCGCUGGAACCAGCCCCACUGAACUGCCUCUGGGGGCGCCGGCUCCCAUCCAGCCCCAGGGCCCCAAGUCUCCUGCCCCACUGCGUACGGCUUCCUUGGCCCCACGUUGCUUGAACCCAAAUUCUCUGCAAAGCCCCCAGCUCCUCAUUAAAACGUUCAGCACCUGCCAUGUCAGCGCUUCGCAGAGCUGGGGCCGUGGUGCCGGGCACUGCCCAGACUCCGCCUGCCCUCAACAGGUCAGGGCCCCGUCACCCAGCAUGGGCUGCUUCAGGGCAGGGACUGGCCUAUAGGGUGGGGGACAGGACCCAGGGCCUCUCCCCUCUAGGGGGCGCUGGUUCCUAGCCGGCCCCAGGGCAAGGACCGGUGCAGGGGGGUGGGGGAUGGGACUUGGGGCCUCUCCCCUCUAGGGGGCGCCAGUUCCCAGCCGGCCCCAGGGCAAGGACCGGUGCAGUGGGGCGGGACCCGAGGCCUCUCCCCUCUAGGGGGCGCCAGUUCCCAGCCGGCCCCAGGGCAAGGACCGGUGCAGUGGGGCGGGACCCGAGGCCUCUCCCCUCUAGGGGGCGCUGGUUCCCAGCCGACCCCAGGGCAAGGACCGGUGCAGUGGGGCGGGACCCAGGGCCUCUCCCCUCUAGGAGGUGCCGGUUCCCAGCCGACCCCAGGGCAAGGACCGGUGCAGGGGGGUGGGGGAUGGGACUUGGGGCCUCUCCCCUCUAGGGGGUGCCAGUUCCCAGCCGGCCCCAGGGCAAGGACCAGUGCAGGGGUGUGGGGGAUAGGACCCAGGGCCUCUCCCCUCUAGGCAGCACCGGUUCCCAGCCAGCCCCAGGGCAAGGACCAGUGCAGGGGGGUGGGGGAUGGGACUCAGGGCCUCUCCCCUCUAGGAGGUGCCGGUUCCCAGCCGACCCCAG